CCAGCCAAACAUUUUCAACCUCGGGACUUCGUUUGUUCCUGGUAACUAUUGUCUCGAACUGAGUUUGAAAGUCUUAAAAUGAACGAAUUUGCAAGCGCAAACGCAUGGGCAAGGUAUGUGUUCGUCUGUCUUCUUUUCACUGACAUCUUAAAUGUAUCAUUUGCUGUUAUUCACUAUUCUAUUACGGAGGAGAUGGAAGAGGGGUCGAUUGUUGCGAAUCUAGCCACUGAUUUAGGUCUAGAUGUUAAAUCACUGACAAACCGCAGAAUGCGUUUGGAUGUCAUAGCCAACAAGAAAUAUCUAGACGUUAACAUGGAUACAGGAGACCUGUACAUUUCAGAGAGAAUUGAUCGUGAAAAUCUUUGUCCUUUUAAGAUGAGUACAUCUAAUUGUUUCCUUAAACUUGAUGCAGCAAUUGAAAACCCGGCACGGAUGUUUAACAUAGAACUGGAGAUUGUCGAUAUCAAUGAUAAUGCGCCACAUUUCCGCAGGGAUACAAUGCACUUGGACAUAUCGGAAUCUACUCCGACUGGCGAACGGUUUUCUCUCAACAAUGCAGUAGACCCAGAUUUUGGAUCCAACUCAGUAGAAACCUACUAUCUCAGUGAAAGUGAACACUUCACCAUUGAAAUACAGACAGGUAGAGACGGUUCUAAAUUUGCAGAUUUGAUUCUGAAAAAGGCUUUAGACCGCGAGGAACAGGCUGUUCAUAAUCUCAUACUUACAGCAGUAGAUGGAGGUGUCCCUGCGCGCUCAGGUAUUGCCAACAUCACUGUCCGCGUGUUAGAUACAAACGAUAACGCCCCUCAGUUUGACAAAGAAAGCUACACCAUAAGUUUAUCCGAAAAUUCGCCCAUCGGAAGUCUUGUAGCUAAAUUAAAUGCAACAGAUUCAGACGAGGGCUCAAAUGCAGAGAUAUUAUAUUUAUUUAGUCUGUAUACCUCUGAAAAAACACAAGCCACGUUCAGUUUAAAUGAAGAUAAUGGAGAAAUAACGGUAAAGGAAACAAUAAAUUAUGAAGAUUUUCGAAUAUAUGAUAUGGAGAUAAUAGCAAAAGAUAAAGGGUCUAAUUCUUUAUCUGGACAUUGUAAAGUAACUGUCUUAGUGACAGAUAUGAAUGACAAUCAUCCUGAGGUAUCAGUUAAGUCAUUUCAAAGCCUAGUGACAGAGGCUGUAGCUGUAAAUACAGUAAUUGCGGUUGUUUGUGUGAGUGAUAAAGAUUCAGGAGAAAAUGGCCACGUUGAUGUUCAUGUUUCUGAUCAGCUACCUUUUGCACUAAGAGAGUCUUUGGACGGCCAUUACGAGCUAGUAGUUUCAGAAUCUUUGGAUAGAGAGAAAGUCCCAGAAUACGAAAUCACUAUUACUGUUACAGACAGAGGUUCCCCACAGUUAUCAAAUAAUGAAACAAUCGUUUUAGAACUAUUAGACGUAAACGACAACGUGCCUCAGUUCUCUCAGUCCUUUUACACUAUACCUGUGAUGGAGAAUAACGCACCAGGGGCGUUACUGAGUUCACUCACUGCUUUAGACCCUGACCUUCAUGAAAAUCAAUAUCUAGUUUAUUUUAUCAUUGAAAAGGAAAUAGUGAACACUUCCAUGUCCAUGCUAUUCUCUAUUAAUCCGGAGAACGGUAACCUUUACGCGUUAAAGACGUUUGAUUAUGAAAUAGAGAAGGAAUUCCUUUUCCAUAUUGAAGCUAGAGACUGUGGCGUUCCUCCACUCGGCAGUAAUGCGACCGUUCACGUUAUCAUUAUGGACCAGAACGACCACGCACCACUUAUAGUGUCUCCUUGGCGUGCGCAUGGCUUCGUGGUGGAAGAAAAGAUCCCUAGGUCAACCGACAAAGGAACUCUGAUAGCCAAGGUGAUAGCCAUCGACACGGACUCGGCGCAGAACUCCCAGAUUACCUACCAGUUUCUUCAGAACACAGACACUACGUUAUUCACUCUGGACCAAUACAACGGGGAGAUCCGUACCAUGAGAAUGUUCAGUUACAGAGACGCACAUCACCAGCGGUUGGUGGUGAUUGCCAAGGACAACGGAGAACCUUCACUGUCUGCUACGGUCACUAUCAAUCUAUCCAUAGUGGAGACUGCUCUUAAAGCCUAUUCAGACAUGUCGGAGAUGCCUUUAGAGCAUGAAGUCUUUUCAGAUUUGAACCUGUAUUUGGUGAUUGGAUUGGGCUCGGUAUCAUUUCUGUUACUUAUCACCAUACUGGUCACCAUUGUACUGAAGUGUCAAAAACCAAAGCCCAGCAAAGCUCCCUCUACCUGUAGAAACAGUGUCAUCAGUGAGAGUAACUCUACCAGUGCGGAUUCCACUCUGGUCUCAAACAACACAUACUGGCACAGCUUAUUUCUGGCAAAGACAAGAAAAGGCAAGAUGGUAGUAAGACAGCCUGUGCCAAAGGGGGCGACGUACAUUGUGUCCAGCAUCCCUAGGAGCACAGGCCUGACUGACACUAGUGAUUCAACUGCUUCCACAUUACAGGCAUCCACCACCACCAGCAGCAGUUCCUCGUGAAGCCCCUCCCACCACCUGAGUUUGAGUGACGUCAGGAGCAACCUGAAAUCACAGACCUUGCCCUUUUCCCUGCUCAGCCAACAUCUGUCUGCCUCUGUUCCCUCUCACACACCUGCUAUUGAAGAUGGCACUCACAGAGGACUGCAAAAGAAUCUCAACCCUCAAAUCCCUACAAACACUCUGAUCAAAGACACCUCCCUUCAUAUAACACACACAUCUCUGCAUGGCUAUGGCUCUUCAGUGGAUUUCUCUGUUAUCAAAGCCUCUGUGGAGAGAAUGCACAGGAAUAUAUACCAGUGGACACUGGAUUGAAAUGGGUCCGGAACUGAAGAAGAAGGAAAUCAAAAAGAGAUGAGGCAAAUGAACAAGAAUGGUUUUGGAGUAUCAGAAUGAGAACUGUGAUACUUUUUCAUUUUUUGGUGUCAGACAUGUAUUUGAGGUACGGCGUUCACCUCUCCGAGAGGCACUGACACUUUGUUUUCCACCAUGCUCUACGGGGACUUGUGUAUGAAUGUGUAUUAUCAAAGUGGGUAACAUUUAGCAACUAUACAUUGUACAUUGAUGGGUCAGAGGAAAACUGGUGUAUUGUGACUUGUAGUUUUCUGUCUUUGUGAUUAGUUUAUGAAAGAAUUAUACAGUGUUUGUGUGAAUGUUUUUUAUCAGUCUUUGUUCUUCUGUGUACAGAGGAGGCAAGAAAUGUAUUAGUCUAGGAAUAAGCAGCUCUGAAGAGCACAGAUUUAAAGGAAAUGUAACCCUGCUGAUGAGGCCUACUCAACCCUGAGGUUAAACCUGACGAUAAUUGUGUCCCUUAGUUAUUGCGAUCCAUCACAGCGCUCAUUGCCAUGGCAACAGUUACGGCAUUAUAUGACGUCAUGGUUUACGAUGUGCUUUGUCGCAAGAAAACGUCAAAGAAUCACCACCACCUUUAAAGAAACAUUUCUAGGAUUACCAUCACCUAAGAACUCCCUCUCUCUCUGCUCUGCCCUGAUCCUCCCAUACACACACACACACACACACAGUGCUCAGUUUAAUGGCCAGUAUGCUGAAUUAUUCACAGGUGGUGUGGUCCUUGCAAACGGUGGCUGAUCAAUAGAAGCAGAGAUUGAGUCUGUGUGGCCGCUCCUCUGUCUCUCGUGGCUGAGGGCAAUUGAGGAAACUACAUUCAUUCACACCCUAUAGCAUGAUGCAAGGCCAUAAGAGUGAGCUGUGAUUAGGAAGGAAAAUCAAUCAUCCCAUUGCAAAAGGGUGUGCCUGAGUUUUUCACAUUUCAACUGCAUAGACAUACUUCUUAUUCAAUUACAAUUGUUAUGUAGAUAUGUAGUGGGAGAGGCUUAAUUUUCAGAUUUGAGUGCAGAUGUACUACUUGUAAAAGGGCCCAUUUAAAUCAAGUCUCUGAAUGACUGUUUCAAGACAUAGGUCUGAUUUUUUUGGAAUGUG